UUCAAGGGAAUAAGGGGUGUGUCAGAAACUUCAGCAUGGAGACACUUUGGGUCUUUUUUUUUUUCGAAUAUGUGUGCGAUAAAGCAAAGCAGAUAGUAGUAGUAAGCCAUUCCUUGCCCCAUUUUGUUUUCUUCUUUCUCUACUUUUAAUUAUGGACCCAAUUUUUAUUUAUUUUUUCUUCUUUUGAGAUUUUGAGAUCCCUUUCGAUCUUGCUCUGAUCCCGAGUCUCGUUCUCUCAAGACACCGCUUUUCCUUUUUCUCUCUUUUGCUCCAUACGACCAUUCUGUUUCCCCCACGAAAGAUAUCAUUUGUUAGACCAGCAAAACUGCAAAAUUCCCUUUUCCUUUUUCAUUUUGCAUUCAAUUUUUUUGUUGUUGUUUUUUUGCAUCCUCACUUGUUGGUGCAAUUGGGUCUUGAUUUUUCAAUUUGGUGCUUUCAUUGGCCUUGCUUGAGACUGAUAGGCAUUCCUCUGUUCCAUUCAGUGAAAGUGAUUGCCUCAAACAUCUUUUACAUUAUAAGGAGUAAGUAAAAAAGAAAGAUGUUUACGUGCAUAGCGUGUACGAAGACGGAUGAUAAGGAUGAAGAAGGAGGAUCUCGUGAGAGUGGCACGCCGAGUACAAAAGAAGCCGUCAAAAGCCUGACCACGCAGAUAAAGGAUAUGGCACUGAAGUUUUCAGGUGCAUACAAGCAAUGCAAACCAUGCACAGGGUCCAGUAGCUACAAAAAAGGACAUAGGCCAUAUCCAGAUUUUGAUACCAUCUCAGAAGGGGUUCCAUACCCUUAUAUUGGAGGUGCAAGCUCAAGUUCAACCCCUGCAUGGGACUUCACAACCUCUCACUACCCUGGUGGAAGAUCUGACCCUAGAUUUGCUGGGGCAUAUGGCGGUGACCGCACCCCGAGAGGACGUGACUCAUCAUCAGUUUGUGAUGUAGUCUUAGAGGAUGAGGAUGAGCCUAAGGAGUGGAUGGCACAGGUGGAGCCAGGGGUUCACAUUACCUUUGUGUCUCUUCCUAACGGAGGAAAUGAUCUUAAGAGAAUUCGCUUCAGCCGAGAGAUGUUUAAUAAAUGGCAAGCUCAAAGAUGGUGGGGUGAGAAUUACGACAGAAUCAUGGAACUUUACAACGUCCAGAGAUUUAAUAAACAAGCUCUUAACACUCCUCCAAGGUCUGAGGAUGAGCAAAGAGAUUCUUCUUACUCAAGAUUGACAUCUGCAAGGGAAAGCCCCAUGGCCUCAAACAAGGAUUGGACGCCGAGGAGUCACUAUAAGCCCUCUGGGAGCAGAGGAUAUUACCCGUCCGAACCGUUGGAUCACGGUGGAGGCAGUGGCCAAUACCAUGCAGGGCCAUCUAUGGAACCAGCAAGGGAUACCACUGCUUCUAGAGAUGAGCCUUCUAUCAGCAAUGCCAGUGAAAUGGAGACAGAAUGGGUAGAACAAGACGAGCCUGGAGUUUACAUUACAAUCAGGCAGUUAGCUGAUGGAACUAGGGAGCUUAGACGUGUCAGAUUCAGCCGGGAAAGAUUUGGGGAGGUGAAUGCAAAAACUUGGUGGGAAGAGAACAGAGAGAGAAUCCAAGCUCAAUAUCUUUGAACUUCGAAGUCAAAUUUUCCUAACAAAAAUUGGAUCUCCUAAACUGGUGGAAUCCCCAAAAUUUUGUUUCCUAGAGAAUGUAAUGGUAUGACUCCAGAUUAAGGAGUGGAGUCAGUUCCUAUACAGAAAAAAAAAAAAAAAAAGCUGGACUUUUCCCACCAUCGGUUAUGGUCUCUGGUGUUAAAUUGACACUGUCACAUACAAGAUAGUGUGCAAAUCAGGGAUUUAAUAGUUUUGUGGUGACUCCAUUCAUUUUUGCCAAGGAUCAGUCGCCAUUGGAUUGGGAGGUCUAAUCUUUAUUAUUACAUAUCAUCACAUAUAUUUUUUUUAUCCUCCUAAAUUUUCCUUCAUAGCCUUGCUUUCUUUUCAUUUUAAGGGAUACUUUUCUUUUUUGUCAUCAUAGUUGCUGUUACAUUGAUUCAUUACCAUUUGUUUAUUUUUUUUAUUAUCUCCCAAGUGGAAUUGUGUAGUAGCUCCUUACCAA